AUGAAUGAAUAUUAGGCAGAUAAAUAAAAGGUGUUCAAGAUAAUAGAUAACUAUUUGAUAGACUCAAACAGCAUAUUAGGAAGUGGACAAUAUGGAAAUGUUUAUAAAGGAUAUGAAAUAAAUAAUUAUGGUAGAUUGUUUGCAAUCAAAGAAACAUUGUUAUCAAGAAAAAAUGUAAAUUUAGACACUUUUACGAAAAAAAAAGAAGCUGCAAUUCGAGAGAUAAAUAGCUUGAAGGAGCUAAAUCACCCAAAUAUAAUAAGAUUUAUAAAUGCCAAAAAGACUGAUAAGCAUCUUUAUCUCAUUAUGGAGUAUUGUUCUGGAGGAAGCUUAGAAAAAUUUAUAGAAGAAAAUAGGCCAGAAGAAAGAGAAUGUUUAUAUUUGUUUUCUCAAAUCAUAAACGCUUUUAAAUAUUUAAUCAAAGAGAAAAAAAGAAGGCAUGGAGAUAUAAAACCAGCUAACAUACUCUUAAAUAAUGGAUUAAUAAAAAUUGCAGAUUUCGGCUUUUCAAAGCAAUUUGUUGAAGAGAAUGAUUAGUUUUACUCCUAUACAGGUUCUCCUCUUUAUACAGCUUUAUAAAUUUUAGAAGGCAAAGCAUACACAACAAAGAGUGAAAUUUGGAGUUUAGGAGUAACUUUAUAUUUUAUGCUUUGUUACAAUCCAGAGAGAAGAGAAGCAUCUUUUCCAUGGUGGGGUGGUACUGAUGUGCAUUUGGUUAAAAAUAUAAAAUAAAAUCCUGUUUUAAAGUUCAGUUAAGAAAAUGAAGAAAAACUUAGUCCAUAAAUAAAAUAGCUUCUACAUAAAAUGCUUUAAGUGGAAGAAGAGAAGAGAAUUGAUUGGGAUGAAUUAUUUACUUGUCCUAUAUUCACAUUUGAUUAUGCUUAAGAGGUUAUCUAUGAUGAAUACUAAGAAGAAUGCGAGAAUGAUGAAUAAAAUAAUGAGCAUGAAGAGCUCAAAGAAUAGCUUGAAGACUAAAGUUAUGCAAAGUAGCUAUUUACUGCUUCUUUUAUUGAUUCGAGUUAACUUGCGACUUCUCAAAAGUCUAAUGAAAAAGAUACAAAUCUAUCUAGCUCUAUAAAUAAUAUGAAACAAACUAGCUUAAAUGGCUCUGGAAAUGCUCAUUUAGCAUAGAGCGAUGAAAUUGAUAAUUAAAUGAGUACUCUUGGAAAGAGUAAAAAGAUAACAAGCAUUGAUGUUGUUCAUUAGUAAAUAUAUAGAGGAAAUAAUUGUAUAAAUGAUAUCUAACAGGGAGAAAAAAAUAGUAAAUUAAUGCAAGAUUUAAAGGAAUAUAUAGACUAAGAGAGAUAGCUGUAUUUUUUUGUGUACAAUACUGCGAAAAAUUUCAAAGAGUCAUUUGAAAGGCUUCAACUAUUUUUUGGCACACAAAAAGAAGCCAAAUUGAUUGAAGCAAAAGUACUUUAUAUAUUAUGCAAAAGAGCAAAUAUAAUUUCAAAAGAAUUGCUAAACGACAUUGAAUAAAAAAGAAGUGCUCAUCUCCUAAAAGGAGGAGCAGGUUCUAAUUCUAAUUUUGGUUUAAUCCAAAGCAAUAAUUAAGUUCUACAAUAAUCGAAAUACACUAUGAUAAAUAAUUUAAAUAUCACAAAUUCAAAUAUUAACAAUUAAAAGUAGACCAAUAAUUUGGGAAAAUCAGUGAAGAAUUAAAACAAUAAUUUAAUGAGCUAAAUAGGCUUUUCAAAUUCUGUAAUUGUCAUUUCAAGGGAUCAUUGGAAUUAUUUUUCAAAAAAUUUAAUUAUGAAAUAAAGCUACGAAGAUAAACUAAGGUAGGAAUCUAAGAUAUUUUAAGAAAACUUUAAUAUUUAUAAAUAAAAACUGGAAAAUCUGUUAAGCACAAUUGAUAAAAUUGGCAUAGAAGACAAGCAAAUUAUUGUUAAUUCAAACGAUAAUGUUUUAAAUUUAAAUUACGAAUCUAUUGUAAUAGGGGAAAUAUUACAAAUUUUUUUAUAUGACUUAUAGAGAAUAUCUAACAAAGUCAUGAACCAUGCUCAUCAAAAUAGCUAAAACGUACUAUCUAUACUGAAUGAAGAAGACCUUAAAUUAAUAUAUCUGAUCGAUGACCUCUUCAUGAUCUACUGCUUCGAAUCUACAUUCAGGAAUAGAAUAAUGUAAAAAAAAGAUGAGAAAAUUAAUAUUUAACAUUUUUAUUUCUUAAGAAAAAACUCCAAUCCUCUCUUCCUUAUAUAAAGACUCGCUACUUCUUACAAAACCUUUUUCUUUCCUUAAUGA